AUGGCACGUUUUUACAGUUUUAAAAGUAGUCUAUGCAUGUUUAUAUACAGAUUUAUGUAAAAUUCAAAUAACAGAAUAAGAUACUAAUUUCACAGUGUAGGCUACCUGUGUGUGAUUAAGCAAAAUGAGAGGCACAAUACGGUUCUCAUAUCUUCUUCAUAAAGUUGCCAUUCAAAAGUUGAACACAGCAAAUAUAAAAACUUUAGCUUGCAUUGCAAAAUGCAGGGUUGAACGUUAUCCAUCUUGGUCAUAUCAAUCAAGUCGGGGAACUGCCCGAAGCAAAAAGCUUGCUGAGAUGAAAAGAAUGAGAGAUCUUGAAGUAGAAAAAAUAUUGAAUAAGAAAAAAAUUCCAAUGUUGACUGUGCCCGAUGGUAUAACUGUGGCUGAUCUUGCGAAGUUAGCACAAAGAACAGAGGAGCAAGUUUGUUUCAUCAAAUCCAAAAUGCAUGAUGGCAGAAGAGAAAGAUAUCACAAGAUUAAUUUAAAAGAGAAACUUUACAGACAAGAUUUAGCUCAUAUUGUAAAGCAAUUAGGUUACAGAUGUAAAUUUGAAGUCAAAGAUGUUGUUAUUACAAAAAAAGAUAAAGACAUACAUGCACAAGCAGUAACUACAGAUGAAUCUUUAUUGAAACCCCGGCCACCUGUUGUUACAGUGAUGGGUCAUGUAGAUCAUGGAAAAACAACGAUACUAGAUGCUUUACGGAAAACAUCAGUGGCUGCAGGAGAGGCCGGUGGUAUUACGCAAAGUAUUGGAGCAUUUUCUGUUCCACUUGACACAGGACAUACUGUAACUUUUCUGGACACACCAGGUCAUUCUGUGUUUACUUCAAUGAGAGAAAGAGGUGCACAGGUGACUGACAUCGUAGUAUUGGUAGUUGCAGCAGAUGAUGGAGUGAUGGAACAAACUAUUGAAUCAAUUAAUAUGGCAAAAAUGGCACAAACUUCCAUUGUUGUUGCGAUCAACAAAUGUGACAAAAAAGAUGCACGACCAGAUAUGGUAAUAGAUGAAUUAGAAGCUUACGGAAUAAAAUGUGAGGAAAACGGUGGAGAUAUUCAGGCAGUUCGGAUUUCAGCUUUAAAAAAUAUUGGUUUAGAUAAACUCGUAAAUUGCAUUUCUGCUCAAGCGGAUCAGUUGGAUUUAAAAUGUGAUCGCACUAUGCAAGCUCAGGGGGUCAUCAUCGAAUCUAAAAAAGAACAGCACCACGGAAACAUGGCCAGCGUCGUUCUUAAACAAGGCGCAAUUAAAAAUGGAGCAGUUUUAAUUGCUGGUACGAGUAUUGCAAAAGUGCGGCAAAUGUUUGAUAGCAAUGGAAGUAAAGUUGAUAAAAUCGAACCAGGUCAAGCCGCUAAUAUUAUGGGAUGGCGAUCAUUACCAACUGCAGGGCAAUUGGUUUUGGGAGUUGAAAAUGAGCAAAAGGCCAAGGCAGCUCUUAGACAAAGGGAAACUGAAAUGAAAUAUUUAGAAUCAGAUCAUGUAUGGGAAGAGGUGAAAGAUAAACGUCAAGCUGACAAAAGGGAAUAUGAAGAACUGAAAAAGAAAUAUUCUCACAAAAUUCAUCGUAAAACAGCAAGUUUUAAAGCAGCUUUUGACAAGAAUAAAAAAGAUAAUGAAAUUCCUUCAUUUAAUAUAUUAGUCAAAGCUGAUGUUGAUGGUUCCAUGGAAGCAAUCAUGAAAAUUCUUGAAUCUUAUGAUUGCGAUGAACAAUGUAAUCUGAACCUUGUUCAACAUGGAAUUGGAAAUUUAACAUUGUCAGAAUUCGAAAUAGCAAAAAAUACAGAAGCCUCAAUAUUUUUGUUCAAUACUGAUGUUCUUCAAGAAGUUAAAAAACAAGAGAAUGAUACUGUUUCAAUCAUCCAUCAUAAAGUAAUAUAUCACCUUGUUGAAGACAUAAUCGACAAAAUAAAUGAAAUAUUGCCUAUCAUUGAAGACGUCAAUAUAUUAGGUGAAUCAGAAGUUUUGAAAGUGUUCCCUGUGAAAAAGAACUUCAUUGCAGGAUGUGUUGUGAGGCAGGGAACAUUGGAAAGCAAACAACUUCAUCGUAUACUCAGAGACAAUGUUGUUGUACAUUCAGGUGUUCUCGAAUCAAUGCAGCAUCAUAACUCUAUGAUAACACUGGCCUCAGAUAAUAUGGAAUAUGGUCUUAUGUUUAAUGAAAUUAGUCCAGUCGGAAUUAAAGUUGGUGACAUAAUUCAAAGUUAUUCUUGUGAAAUGAAGAAAACUAAAAUCAACUGGCGGCCUCCUGGAUUUUGAUAAAUUUUGAAUGACUAUUCUGUGAUUCUGCAAGAGGUUUCUUGGUAAAGAUGCAUGUCUUGCCAAGACAUGUUGUCUCCACUGUCAAUGGAUGUGUGUUCACACAGGAAUAGAGUGUUGUUGGAUAGAAAAUGCUCGAAAUGUCGGAUUCGUUUGUUUUGAUAAAAUAUAUUUUUCUCAUAUUCCUAGAAUUCUCCUAUUCCCAUGUUGGUGCUUGAUGUCUUAUUUAAUUUUUGUUUCAAAAGUAUAAUUUGAUUUUUGAAUAAAAUAUCAAGUGUUAAGUAUAUUAUUAUUUUGCAAAGAAAUUUAAGAGAUAAAAAA